UCAAAAUCUUCUUCUUUUUUUUGAUAAAUCUUAUCGGCUGAUCCGGUCAACUUCGGGAAGAACACAUUUAGUGCUACAGAGUGGACUCGCUACCACACCAAAAUCUUAAAUAGCAUUAACCAUAUUCGUCACCAGCUUUUAUUUAUUCCCACCGGAAAAACUAACAAGUAUGAUUUGGUAUAUUCAGCAAUGGAGCACUAUGAGAGAUUCAGAACCUCUGUUGAAAAUUACACGCUUAGAUUGUGUCGUAUAAAUAUAUCUUUGAUUUUUUCUAAUAAAUAACAGUUAAACAUUAAAAUUAUGAAUGUAAAGUUGAUUUAUAUUUCAUGAUGAUCGGAACAGACGUUUCUGAUAUUAUAUAUCAACCUUAAAAUAUAUCAAUGGACCAUUUGAAAUCCUUCUUUCAGCUUGGCUAUAUGCCGUCCAUAGAGUGUCGAUUAUAGCAUAUGUUUAAUACUAAAUUAUCCCUUUGUUUUAUAGUUCUCCUAUUAUUUUGGAAAUUGAUACACGAACGGUCCAAAUUAAACCACUGUGCUCUUGUUCAACUUCCACUCACUUACGCUUAUAAAACGAUCUCUCUUUCGAAGUAACUUAAAAACAUAACCCAAAGUCUUGUGGUCUCAACUCUCUUCUCUCGACUCUCAUAACCCUAUAGAAACCAAUACCCCGCACAGAAAAAGGUUAACAUGAAAAUUUCAAUUUAUAUCGUUCUUACCAUUCUCUUCAUUUCGAUGGUAUGUUAUAAAAUACCAUACACUGAGGCAAGGCAGUUGCGAGAAACCGACAGUGCAGAUCGUGAUCAUCAUUUCACAGCCGGUAGCACUGAUGAUUUUGGGCCUACUUAUCCGGGUAAUAGUCCGGGUAUUGGUCAUAAAUUGAAGGAGAAUAAUGAAAUAGUCGACGCGUUUAAAGAUGACUUCAAGCCUAUGACACCAGGACAUAGUCUCGGCUCUGGAUAUGUUGUCAACAAUGGGCCUAAGGCGUAGAAAAUGUUCUAAUAGUUGAGCAAACUUCUUCGUUGAUUUUACUAAAUUAAUAUGUAUUUUAUAUUACUGCAUUAAGUAAGUUUAAUUUAUUGUAUGUAUGUAGUUAUGAUAUGUCAUUUGUAAGUUUGGUUGAUCAAGAGUUACCCUAGUUUAUUAAUAAGGUUAAACUACGUACGAUUUGUGUUUAAUUCA